AUGGUAGACCCGACUCUGACGUUUGAUCCCUUGAAUGGUGAUGAGGACAUCUUGCAGAAGGUCACCUCUGUGUGUAUUGGCACCGGGCGUUUCCUGCGAGCCAUGCUGGUCCCUGCACUUUCAGAGGUGGGCGGAGAGAUUAUUUUGGCACAAACUCGAGGAUCCAGCUUUCCUCAAUACAUCUACAGCCGUUUGCCGGAGCGCUCCUAUGAGGUGGACACCGUCCUUCAGGAUGGAAGGGUCUUGACUGCGACUUUUCCCAUUGCUGCUUGCGGCACCCUUGGAAAGCCUGACGGGCGAAGCGCAUUUAUGAAGUUGCCAGAGCGAUUGCCAAACUUGAUGUACAUUGGCCUUGGCCUAACAGAGGCGGGCAUCGAGCACAAUGGCCGUUCGAUCCUUGAUUUGGCAGAGUUUCUGUACGCAUGUUUUGAAUGUCCCACAAGGGGCCGCACCCUUUCCAUCCUUAACACGGACAAUGUGCCAUUCAACGGAGAUGCCAUUCGCAGCUAUGUCUGCAGUUGCGACUUUACCCAAAACUCCGAGAGGUCGUGGGAGUUUGAGAUCUGGCUCAAGAAACAUGUGUGCUUUCACAACACCAUGGUGGAUCGGAUCACUUCACAAAGAGAGGGCUGCCCUGAUGUUCCGCGCGCGGAGCCUCUUCCUUCCAAAGCCUUGGUCAUCGAGGACCUGCAGAAUGCCUUGCCACAGUUCAACAGCGUGCCCGGUGUGGUGGUGCGAAGUCAGCCUGGACAACUGGCACAGGAUAUCGCUUUGAAGCUUCGCAUCGCCAACGGCAUCCACACUGCCAUGGUCUACGCAAUGGCUUUAGAGGGGCUCUUUAAGACCGACGACUGCAUCGGACAUCCACAUGUGUUGCCAUAUUUGGAGCAACUAUUUGAGCGCGACAUCUCCCAUUGCUGCAGCGAGCUGAAGCUGCCACGCAUCGCCGUGACGCCAGUGUUCUCGGAGUGGAUGGCGCGCAUUCAGCAUCCUCACUUCGGUCUGGAGUGCUUCUUUGUAUGCCAGAAUGCCUCACAAAAGAUGAGCAUCCGUCUUCUACCCAGCAUCCGUUCGACCUUGGCCUCUGAAGAGACACCCUCGGAUUUUAUGAUUUUUUCGUUGGCCGUGAUCCUUCGCUUCCUGACGCCCAUCGGUGAUCAGCCCAGAGUGGGCGAAUCCCCGCCGGUCUUUGUGGGUCGUUUGGAUGUUGCUGGUGGUACAGCAGAGGAUUUCAGCUAUGUUAGUGGACUCCAUGUGAGGAAGAGCGAUGGCAGCUACGAGUUCCGCGACGGCGAUGGCAUUGUGCCUUUGCUUCUUCGACCGCUAGGACGACCUGGUGGCUGCAGCAGCACAGCAGCCAGCUUUCUGGCUGGUGAAGUCCUAUCGCGGCUGGAGGCCUUCGAUUUCCGAGGCAACCCCGAUCAUCACUUGAUUGCGGAGAGGGUCGGAGCCAUGUUGAAGAGGAUGCUGUCCGGGGAGAGCGCGUUAACCUUGCUGGCAUCAUUGGACCCCAAGCAGCCACUGCUACUGGAGGAGCGGCACUUGGCUGAAGCGGUACAGCAAGAGGUGGAGGCUGCCGAGGCCAUCGAUGUUCACACGCACCUGUUCCCGACCAGUCAUGGGGAGCGAUUGAUGCAGUAUGGCAUUGACGCACUGCUGACUUAUCACUAUUUGGUCUCCGAGUACUUGGCCAGUAGCUGCGAAGCCCCGGAGGAGUUCUAUGCAUCGUCAACCAGUGAACAAGCUGACCGAGUUUGGGAGGGACUUUUUGUGAAUUCUACUCCCAUGUCAGAGCCUUGCCGCGGCGUUUUGACGACGUUGUCGGCCUUGGGCUUGACGAAGGAAGUGGCGUCACGAGAUCUUCCAGCCAUCCGACGUUGGUAUGCUGGCCAAGAUGCCAUGAUGUUCAAUGAGAAGAUGAUGCGACUUGCAAGGCUUCGCUACAUAAUCACCAGUCACGACCCCUUUGAUUCGGAGCAGCUGCACUUGUGCCUUGAGCCUCCCUAUGAGAUGCCACGCUACAAGAGCGCUUUGGCCCUAGACGCCUUGCUGGAGGGACGUUGGGACGAAGUCACCAAAACUCUGGAGCAAUGUGGUAAGCCCAAGACUUUGCGCGGUGCCUAUGAGUUGGUGGCCGAUUGCGUCCGCGCACUGCAGCCAGUCUUCAUCACCUGCGGCACCUCUGAGAGCUUCAGCUACUGCCGGGGCGUGGUGAGGCCACCGUCCGCUGACAUCUUGGAUGCAGACCUCAGCGAGUCAGUCUUCGUACCGAGCCCACAGCAGGUCUUAGACGCCUUGCUUCUGCCCUUGUGUCGGGACUUCUCACUGGCCCUGUCUUUGCGGAUGGGCAUGCGUCGGGCGGUGAAUCCCAGCCUCAAACUGGCCGGUGAUGCGGUGGGGGCUGCUGAACUUCGAUCUUUAGGCCACCUUUGUGAAGCCAAUCCCACGGUGAAGUUCCUCUUCACCGUGCUGAGUCGCAACGACCAACAUGAGGCGGCGGUUCUGUCAUCCAAGUUCCGAAAUUUGCAUUUCUGGGGCUGCUGGUGGUACUGCAACAAGCCGUCGGUGGUGACAGAGGUGACCAGUCUUCGUCUGGAGAUGCUGGGGAUGAAUUUCACCUAUCAGGCAUCAUCAGCCAGGGUCCACGACCAGCUGAUCUACAAGUGGAUCCAUUCGCGAAGCUUGCUCUCGAAGCUGCUGGUGGGAAAAUACUCCGACCUUAUGGCCACCGGCUGGAAAGUGAGCCGUGGUGACAUCCGCCGCGACGUACAUCGCCUAUUGGGUGGCGCCUUUGAAGACUUCCUGCAGAAGCCCUUGUGA